CACUAUUCUAACCUAACCACGAACCGCACCGGCUUGAUUUCAUACUUGGCUUUAUUUGUAGCAAAUUUUAAUUUGAUAAAAUUGAUUUCAUCAUUUUGCAAAUAAACUGAUACUCGAAGCACUGCAUUGAUUACUCAGUUGCAUUUCAUCAUUCAAUUUCAAUCAAACAAAAGUGUCUUAAUUUAAGUUGUGAAGUGCAAAAGCAAACAAAAACUAAAAAAUGGUUGUCCGUCCGUACAACGAUGAACUUAAAUAUCUGGAAAAGGUCUCCGACCACUGUUGGAAGAUCAAGAAAGGCUUCCAACCCAACAUGAAUGUCGAAGGCUGCUUCUAUGUCAAUUCCCGCCUGGAGAAACUCAUGUUAGACGAGCUGAGAAACUCCUGUCGUCCGGGAGCUGUUGGUGGUUUCUUGCCGGGAGUCAAACAAAUCGCUAACGUAGCAGCUCUUCCGGGAAUUGUAGGACGAUCCAUUGGAUUACCGGACAUCCAUUCCGGUUAUGGAUUUGCCAUUGGCAAUAUGGCAGCAUUCGAUAUCAACGAUCCACUGAGUAUAGUCUCCCCCGGAGGAGUGGGCUUCGAUAUCAAUUGUGGGGUGCGUUUGUUGAGGACAAAUCUGUUCGAGAAGGACGUUCAGCCCCUGAAGGAACAACUGGCUCAAUCUCUGUUCGAUCACAUCCCCGUGGGUGUUGGAUCGAAGGGUAUCAUUCCAAUGAAUGCCAAAGAUCUCGAGGAGGCUCUGGAAAUGGGCAUGGACUGGUCCCUGCGAGAGGGUUACGUCUGGGCCGAAGACAAGGAGCAUUGCGAGGAGUACGGUCGCAUGCUGAAUGCUGAUCCCUCAAAAGUCAGCAUGCGCGCCAAGAAACGAGGUCUUCCCCAAUUGGGUACACUCGGAGCGGGCAACCACUACGCCGAGAUCCAAGUGGUCGAGGAGAUCUACGACAAAUGGAGUGCCAGCAAAAUGGGCAUCGAAGAGAAGGGACAAGUCUGUGUGAUGAUCCACUCGGGAAGUCGUGGUUUUGGCCAUCAAGUCGCCACCGACGCUCUCGUCCAAAUGGAAAAAGCCAUGAAGAGGGACAAAAUCGACACGAACGACCGUCAAUUGGCCUGCGCCCGAAUCAACAGUGUCGAGGGCCAGGAUUACCUCAAGGCAAUGGCUGCCGCAGCCAACUUUGCCUGGGUCAAUCGCAGUUCCAUGACUUUCCUAACCCGUCAGGCUUUUGCCAAGAUGUUCCAAACCACACCCGAUGACCUGGACAUGCACAUAAUCUACGACGUCUCUCACAACAUCGCCAAAAUCGAGAACCACAUGGUCGACGGAAAGGAGAAGAAGCUUCUGGUCCACAGGAAGGGUUCAACUCGCGCCUUCCCUCCACAUCAUCCUCUCAUUCCGGUAGACUACCAGCUCACUGGUCAACCAGUGUUGGUGGGUGGUACAAUGGGAACAUGCAGUUAUGUUCUCACUGGCACUGAGAAGGGAAUGUUGGAAACUUUUGGAUCAACUUGUCAUGGAGCUGGACGUGCUCUUUCACGUGCAAAAUCCCGACGGAAUCUCGAUUAUAAACAAGUUCUAGAGAAACUGGACACAAUGGGCAUUGCAAUUCGUGUUGCAUCACCCAAAUUGGUUAUGGAAGAAGCUCCUGAGUCCUACAAGGACGUCACAGAUGUCGUGGAUACGUGCCAUGCGGCAGGAAUAAGCAAGAAGUGUAUAAAACUUCGACCAAUCGCUGUAAUAAAGGGAUAGAGAAACCGACAA